UUGUCAUUUCAUUUCAUCUCUUUCUUUUCCCCUAAAGUUUGGUUUGGGUGUGUAUAGUUCCUUUCCUUUAGUUCGUGGUAGCUAGGGUUCUCUCCCUCUUUCCCUCCGAUUAAACGCCGACGUUUGGACCCUUGUCGUGCAUCCCCAUUCUCGCCGAUAUGAAGCUCACUGUCAAGACUCUCAAGGGCAGUCACUUCGAAAUCAAGGUCCAGCCUACCGAUACAGUUAUGGCUGUUAAGAAGAACAUUGAAGAUAUACAAGGAAAGGACAAUUACCCAUGUGGACAGCAGUUGCUAAUCCACAAUGGGAAGGUCUUGAAGGAUGAAACGACACUAACCGGGAACAAGGUUACCGAAGAUGGUUUUCUUGUUGUCAUGCUUAGCAAGAGUAAAACUUUAGGCUCAGCUGGGGCGGCUUCUUCCACUCAGCCAGCUUCUACAAAUCCUUCUGCAACUGCACCGACCUCAAAUUCUCCUGCUCCUACUCCAGCUCCUGCUCCUGCUCCAGUUCCAGCACCUGCUCCUGCUGCUUCUCCUGUUCCUGCUGAAGCUCUUGUCCAAGCCCCGUCAGUUGCUACUGCUGAUACCUAUGGCCAGGCUGCUUCAAAUUUGGUUGCUGGUAGUAAUCUUGAGCAAACUGUCCAACAAUUAAUGGAUAUGGGUGGUGGAAACUGGGACAGAGAAACCGUUACGCGAGCACUUCGAGCAGCCUAUAACAAUCCAGAGCGUGCAGUCGACUAUUUGUACUCUGGUAUUCCAGAAGCAACAGAAGUUGCAGUUCCAGUGGCUCAUUUCCCUGCAAGUCAGGCAACUGAAACUGGUGGAGCCACUGCUCCAGUAUCUGGUGCUCCUAACUCAGCUCCCUUGAAUAUGUUUCCACAGGAAACACUUGCUGGUGAUGGUGGUGGAGCACUUGGAUCUCUUGAUUUCCUUAGGAACAAUCCACAGUUUCAGACUUUACGAUCAAUGGUGCAAUCAAAUCCACAAAUUUUACAGCCCAUGCUUCAGGAGCUUGGAAAACAAAACCCCCAGCUUUUGAGAUUAAUACAGGAGCACGAUGCAGAGUUUCUUCAGCUAAUAAAUGAACCUCUCGAGGGCUCUGAAGGUGACAUGUUUGAUCAGCCUGAGCAAGACAUGCCUCAUGCCAUCAAUGUCACCCCAGCUGAACAGGAGGCUAUCGAACGGCUCGAGGCAAUGGGAUUUGACAGAGCAUUAGUCAUUGAAGCAUAUUUGGCGUGUGAUCGUAAUGAGGAGUUGGCAGCAAAUUACCUAUUGGAGAAUGCUGGAGAUUUUGAGGAUUGAGUGCUGCUUUAUACCCAUUGGAUUCAUAGUUUUAGUGUGUUGGAUCCGAGCUAAGCUCAGCUUCUUUUCUAGGGUUAGUUUUUUGGAGUAAAUUAUGUACUCUAAUAAAGAAUUUAUUAUGAUUAAUUUUGCCCAGGUGAAAUAUUAGUUACUAAUGUGUUUUGAGAUUUUUUCUUUGUAUUGGCAUCAUUUACUUGUGAGAUUUAAAGGGAAAAAAGAGGAAGCAAAUCAUUUAUAUAUUA